AUGAUCGUCUCCAGUCUCUUGCUCACAACCGGUAUCUUGCUCUACGCCUUCGCCGGCUGUCAAGCGAGUUCUGCCCAAAUCCCACUGACGGAGAGCCAGAAACCGGACACAGAAGAUGCCAUCUCACCUUUGAACUUCUCUUCUUCGGCACCACUGAUAUUCCACUCCACCUUCGCAUUACUGCAGCAAUGGCCCCAGUCGUUCUUCCCGAACGGUCAUAUAAUUGCUCCCUGCACGAUCCCCAAAAAUACCAAUCUAUACCAUGCUCAUCCAAACGCUUCUUUCCCUCCAUCCCCCGAAUGGUUCGCCUUGGACUCCGCAAUGGCUUACUCAAUCCUCGGUAUGGGCGAUGACGCCCACAUGCUGACCUUUCGAACCACGAAAGACGUCAAAUGCAUUCUCUUCGACGGGACCUCUGCAGCUCUUAUGGAUGAUGGGUCAAUGGACAGCCAGAUGCUGCUUAUCCACAACAACUCUGAAAACGUGCUGGGCAAUAUCCGCUUUGGACGACCGCCAGGAAAGCGUCCGCCAGGAAAGCGUCCGCCAUAUGGAGAUCAGCCGCCGAGAGGACCAGGUGGCAAUUGGUCAAAUUUCAACCCGUUGCAGCCUGAGUAUGACCGUGCUACUGGCCUCUGUGACUUCAUCAGAGAGAAGGACCUCGGCGGCCUGGGGUGGGGAUAUGAGGGAAUCGUCAGGAUGAAUGCGGCUUUCGAAGUCAUAUGGUGCAACUUUUCGUCGCCUUCUGCUAGGUUGGUGUCUUGGCUCAACGUUUCAUCGCCCACCUAUGAGGGUUUGGAUCGUAGCUGGAGCGCACUGGAUAGCAAAUUCGACACUACUGACGAGCCAGAACCACCGCCCAGACCACCACGCCCUGGUGGACCGCGAGGAGGCAGGCAAAGCCAGCACCAACCGUUUCUUCCCCGGACUGCGUACGCAUGGUUCUAUGCAGCUGCCAAGGCAUAUGGAUUCGUUGGCGGUGUGCCCGGACGCGGGGAGGCUAGAGUGAAGAUCGACAGCUGCGGCUUGUUCACUUUCUACGACCCAUCGUUAGAGCACCAAACCCAAGUGCGGAUCCAAAGGGAGCGCGGUCUAUUGAAUCUUACCGAGGAUGGCUACUGGAGCGCACCGAGCGACCAGGAAACGCGGCAUCUGGGCCUGCAAAAACUUACGCGUAGGAGAAGAUACCAGCGAGCCACGAAUGUGAGCGUAUCCGAUGGAUUACGCAUGCGACACAAUGUGGAAACCUCACUGCGCGACACUCUCAAGAACCACGACCGGACCUGUAGCGGCCUUGAUUGGGUCGCAAUAUCUCAGCAAACCGUUGCAGAUUAUAGCAGCGAGCUGUAUGAUCUCAGGAACCUCUUGUCCAACAACACCGAUCUCUCAAACGCUACAGAUGUGCGCCACUGGCUCAUAUAUCUCCGAGGUGCAGCUCAUCAACUAGCAAUGCCUUUCUACGAAUAUCCACUCUACGACAACACAUCGCUCAACCAAGCUUUCUCCAUCUCCACGGUAGAAUCUCAAGAAGCGCUGGAACGCUGCAAAGCUCAACAUGCCCCUUUUGCUGCGGGGAACGAGCUCUCCCGAAGCGAACAACUAACACAUCAAUCGGUCUCUGAAGUGAUCUCAGCAAUCUGCAACACAACCAUCGCUCUAUUCCUAGCACUAGAACCAAUCUGGCUCGCUAACUUCAACAACAUCUCGUCUCCUCCAAGUACCAUUCCACAAGACCUUCAAACCCACAUACGCCGUACCAAAACUUACCACCUGCAAAGGAUUGAAGAACUCAUGGCCUGGCUCGGCUGGGCGGAACAAUGGACUUCCUGCAACCCUGGCUGUGCUGUUGGACAAGUAUGCGCUAUUCCUAUCUGGCCAGUCAUGGGCGUGGGACAUUUCUCCGGCGGAAAGUUCGGGUAUGAAAGCCCGGAGGAGGCAGAGCAGAGUUUGUUCCACGGGAGGUGUGUGGAUGCGCAGCAUGUGGGCGGAGAGGAGGUUUGGUAG